AUGAGUGUAUUUCCUCAAUUCGGUGGCUGGUUCAGUCAGAACAUUCAACAUCCUCCAAAGUUCAGAUUGAUGCGGAGGUUAUAUUAUGCGGUGGAUCCUAAAUAUUAUGACGUAUAUGAGUUGAAGAGGCAAGCAGGACUUUGGCUAGGUACAGAGAAGAAGAAUCCAUGGUAUGAUGCUCCUGCUAAGGUGAAGGUGGAAACAAAAAAUGGUAUUUGUCAUAUGAACAUAAAAUUUACAUUGGGAGAGCCUCCUCAAGGAGUCUAUGAGAUGCUCACUAAUCCAAGAAACAUAACAUACUUCGAUUUUGACAAGCGUUGGCGACAACGCCUGGAAAACAAAUCAACAAAGGUUUUGAAGAAGGAUGGACCGAGGCAGAUCACGGAUGUGAGGAAAGCUCUGAGAUGGAAGUUCCUUUUGUGGUCUGGAACUAUCCCGAUUCAUCUAAUUAUCGAUGAAAACCAUCAAAAUCUUACAGCAAAAUUUACGAAAAAGAAAAAUAAAAUGACGUACAUGAAAAUGUUCGAGGGUAGCUGGAAAAUAGACCCACUAUACGUAGAUUCAGAACGCUUGUGCAAGCACAUUGAGCCGAAGAAUCCGGAAGAAUACAAAAGAUGUAGCGGUGGACAGGGAAGGAUUGCAUCGAAGGUGGCAAUGGAGAUAAUCUUUCAGCCUUCUUCUCUUCUUAAUGUGCCACCGGUUUCUUUUGUUACCCGUUGGAUUACCAUCAAAGCCACCAAGAUUUUGCUCGAAGAUAUUAGACAAUUUAUUAUCGCUUGGCACAAUGGUGAAACGCCCUAAAUCCCGUUUGGACCAGUUAUAUAUGUUGUUGUAAUCUUACUUUAUUAUACAAUCUAUUUCCUUAAACAAGAUAUCAUUCUGUUGUUUUUUACUUAAAUGAAAGGUAAAUUUUUGUCAUUCCUUUGCAUAUGAAAUUUUAGUGUUUCCAACUAGAAUCUCCAUAUACUAACGGUCAAAGUUGACUAGACAUGUUUUAGAAAAAAACAUUAGACCACAACUGGCAUUAACCAAAUCCCUACAUUUGUAGGGAGCGGGACUCGUUUUUUGGUGUAAUGGUGCAUGUUCUCAGCGGACUUAUCAUUUGUCACUAGACUACGGUUACUUCACGACUAAAGUUGAUUCUGAUAAGGUUUUUAGGCAAAAAAAAUUUGGUUUUUUUUUUUUGCAGAAGCUACAAAAUUCUUAAUACAAGAGAUUUUUCUUUGGCAAAAACGUUAAAAACAAGGAAGAAUCUAUUAGAAGGAAAAAAUCUUUUGUUUUUUUUUUCCUUUUUUUUUUUGAAAAAGGGUUAUUUUCUUACAAAAUCUAAUUUUACAAUUAAGAGAAAAGAGGAUGAUUUAGGUUUUCUCAGUAAAUCAAACGGAGAGGACAAAAGCUAUCGUGCUCUUGUUUCUUUAUUUUUCUCAGAAACAAAUCAAACUUGGACGGAUUUAUCGACCUUUGAUCUCCUCCUUCUUCAGGUUUCUGGUAGAUCUCGCUUAUACGUCAAGAACUCACGGGAAUGGAGCUGACACACUUCUUUGUUGCACGGUACGUAAAACAUAACGUACAAUUUCAUUUUGUAUUUUGUCUAAAUCUUAAUCAAGCAAUCAAGCUCUAAUCUCAAUUUCCUCAAAAUAUAUAAUAUACAAACGUACGUUGGUUGCUCUGGUUCUGAUUAGGUAUGUAUCAUUUGUUGUGGACCAAAAUUUGAGAGCAAAAUGAGUGUAUAUCCUGGAUUUGGUGGCUGGAUCAAUCAAAACAUUCAACAGCCUCCUUAGAAACACACCGAAGUGGUUCAGAGUGGAUUUCUCCUCGAAGGACUACCACACUGUCUGUCCCGAGUUUGGAAUGAUUUUCGACUAAUAUCAGGGGUAGCCAGAUCGCCUGUUACUAGACUACCAGAUAAACUGCUUAGGCCUCCCAGACUUCCCACACAGAUGUGUUUUUUGUUUCCAGAGUGGAUCGAACCUGUGUUAGUUCCUUCAAAUCUUUCCCUAAUUUUCAAGUACCACUGGACCACAACUGUGUGGGCGAAAGAUACUAAUCUAAAACCAUGGUAUGAUGAACCUGGUAAGACCGAGUCCAUGGAACCUGGGCAUCCUAGAUCUAAGGCACUGUAUGUGGUGGAUCCUAAAUAUUAUGACUUAGAAGAAGUAAAGAGGCAAGUAGAACUUUGGAUAGUUGCAAAGAAUAAGCUUCCAUGGUAUGAUGCUCCUGCUAAAGUGAAGGAGAAAACAAAAAAGGGUCUUUACCAUAUGAACAUAGAAUUCGUAUUGGGGGAUGGCCUCCUCAAGCAGUCUAUGAAAUGCCCACUAACCCAAGAAAUUUACCAUUCUUCCGAGAGGAUGAGACAGGGCAACUUCUGGCUUUUCUUUUCUUCAUAUCCUUGUAUGAUUCGAGUUGAGUAUUAAUUAUAGCAAUACUUGAGAGUGUGAUAUUUUUCAUAUUGAAGGAAAAUAAAUCAACAAAGGUUUUGAAGAAGGAUGGACCGAGGCAAAUCACGGAUGUAGAGAAAGCUUUGAGAUGGAAGCUCCUUUGUUGGUCUGGAGCUAUCCCGAUACAUCUCAUUAUCGAUUAAACCAUCAAAAUCUUACAGCAAGAUAUAUUCUCUAUAUCCCUCACAAAAAUCUACUGUUUUUGUUCAGAUUUGAGUGAACGUACUAAUCUCGAGUUUGAUCUCUUGUUUAGGCAAAAUAUAUGAAAAAGAAAAUGAAGUGCAUGAAAGUAUUCGAGGGUAGUUGGAAAGUGGAGCCACUAUACGUAGAUCAGGAGCGCUUUUGCAAGUCUAGAUCGGUGAAUAGUCAAGAAGAGUACAAAAAAUGUAGCGGCGGACGAGGAAGAAUUGCAUCAAAGGUGACAAUGGAGCUUAUCUUCCAGCCUUCUUCUCUUCUUAAUCUGCCACCGGUUUCUUGGAUUAUCCGUGGUAUAUAUCACCAUCAAAAUCACCAAAAUGUUGCUAGAAGAUCUUAGAAAAUAUGUUAUCAUGAUCCACAAAAGUGAUGUUACCACUUGAUUAGAUAUUUUUGUAAAGUCACUUAAAAAUAGCUAGAUAGUCUCUUUAUUAUGCA